UUUUCGUAGUUGCAGGAAUAAAGUGUACAGUGCGUAAUUGAAGUCAAGUUAGAAGUAACCUACGCGUAGGUCGGGGCGGAAAGAUGUCAGACUACUUGGACAAAGAAGCGGAGGAGAGUGACGAUGAAGAGGAGUUGGACGAAGUUGAACGGAAAAGGCUCAAAAAGAUCCGCGAUGAAAGCGAAGACGAAGAAGACGAUGAGGAGCAGUAUGCCGAAGAGUUACGUGACUUCAUCGCCGACACGAACGUUGACAGCGAGGAAUCUGAAGGAGAAGGCGUUGUUCGUCGGCGGAAAAGAACGAGUGGCGAACGGGAAGAGCUUGAUGAUCAAUUGGAAGACGAUGAUUACGAUUUAUUGGAAGAAAAUCUGGGUAUCAAGGUUCAGCGGCAAAAGAAGUUCCGUCGCGUUCGCGUUGAAGAAGAAAGCGAUGAAGAACAGGAAGCCAUGGAAGAAUCUGCGGCAUCUGUUAUGGUGGACGCAGCGGCUGAGGCAUCUGAUGAGGAAGCAACUCGCGAAGACCUCGACUUGACCAACGAGCAAGAUGAGGAGCGUGCGCGCAGAUCUGGUGGUUCAGAUCAGGAGGAUGAGCUGGAUGACUUCAUCGUGGAUGAAGAGGGAAAUCCCGUGAGGGACAAAAGGAAGAAGGUGAAGCGGAACCACAUUCCAGAUAGUGCACUGCAGGAUGCACAGGAUAUUUUCGGCGUGGAAUUUGACUACGACGACAUGGAGCAAGUGUCGGGGGAGGAAGGAGGAGACGAGGAAGGCGUAGAAGGUGAAGAAGACGAAUACUAUUCUGACGAGGAGCGUGAAGAAGGCGAAGAUGGCGACCGGUCUUCACCUGCUCGUAAAAAGCGUCGCGUAGGCAAAAAGGGCUGGCGUCGAAAGGUCCCGAAGACGACCAUCUUUGACUUGUUUGAACCCGCCGACUUGGAAAGGAAUCAUUUCACGGACCUGGACAAUGAUUUGCGAAACAGCGAUAUCCCGGAACGAAUGCAAAUACGUAACUUCCCCGUGACUCCAGCUGAUGCGCAGGAUGGCGAUCGAGAGCUUGAGGAAGAAUCUGAAUGGAUAUACCGUAACGCAUUCUCGGUGAUGCCGGUGUCGAAGCAGACGAUACGACCCGAAGCUUCCAUGAAAGAGUCAAAGUUGGUUCAGCCCAUUCUCGGUGCCAGUACAACGUCCCGCAAGAUCAAGAAUGCUUUGGAGUUUAUGCGCAAUAUGUACCUCGAAGUGCCAUUUAUUGCCAAUUAUCGAAAGGAGUACGUUGAGGGGCUGACGUCAAACGACUUGUGGCGGAUCUACGAUUUUGAUGAAAAGUGGUGUCAACUGAAGUCAAGAAAGGAGAAGCUGUGUGAACUAAUGCAAAGUAUGAUGACUUACCAGCAAGAUAUGUGCGUGGAGCGAUCAGACGAGCCGCUGCCCGAGGAUUUCCGCGCCGUAUGCGUCACUGAUGUUCAAAGGACGAUGCAAGCGGAAACACCCGAAGAAUUCAAUGACGCCUACUCCCAGUUUCUCAUGUACUACAGUCAUGAAGUGCCCAACAUGCACGAUUACCGACGCCGGAAACGGACAGAGCAACGACGAAAGGAACGUGAAGCACUGCAGGCGGAACGAUUACAGAAAAAACACACGAAGACAGUGAUAGUGUCCAAAACGGUGGUGAAUGACGACACUGGGGAAAUGACGACUGUAGACGUGGCAGAAGAAGUGACGGACGACGAGCGUGUGAUGGAAGAAAAGGAGAAGGAGGUUGUUGAGGAAGACGAGGAAGAGGAAGAAGAACCUGAGCAACUUAAGGCACCUGCUAGACGACAUCCUUAUAAUUUAUGCCGUCGUGCGGGACUCGCUGGAUUUGCGUCCCUCUUUGGCCUCGCUCCUGAUCGGUUUGCGGAAAACGUGCGUGACGAGUAUGCCCGCCACGAACCCGAGUCUUCCCCCGUGGAACCUCUGGAGGCGGCCAAACAGUACGUGUGUGCCCAGUUCCCUCAGGUUGAGGAUGUGGUGAAGGCUGCAACGCUGAUGGUGGCUCAUCAAUUGGCUGCUGAGCCGGAUGUGCGUCGUGCCAUCCGCACCAAGGUGUACAACGGAGCCACUGUGAAUGUGCGACCGACGAAGAAGGGCUUCCGUGAAAUCGACGAGAACCACGCGUUGUAUCGCUAUAAAUACUUGAACGGAAAGGCUGUGUCUUCGCUAGAGAACGAGUUGUUUCUCGUGCUCGAAGGUGGCGAGAAAGAUGGGCUCAUCACGCUGGAGCUUAACUGUGAUGUCCUCAAUAAGGAUGGAGUCCGGCUGUCGGAGGAAGUGGAAACUCUGUACGUGCAGGAUGGAUUUGCGCAGUACGUCAAGAGCUGGAAUGAAGUGAGGCGGAACACGAUCCGCCAAAUGUUUGCCCGGAUUCUGAUUCCGUUGAUGGAAAAAGAGCUAAGGCGCCGUUUGGGCGACGAGGCCCGUGAACACGUGGUGCUGUCUGCUGCCCGGAAGCUAUAUGAUUCUAUCAAGGUGGCGCCUUAUCGUCCGCCUGAUGCCAAGGACGACGAUGAUGAGAACUGGGAUUGUACAGCUGGGAUCCGUGUUUUAGGUCUUUCGUAUGUGGCCAAUGAGCCAGAUUUGGCAGCAUUUGCAGUUGUGAUCGACAUGAACGCCGAGGUUUUGGACAAGCUGCGUCUGCCUGCGAUCAUGCGUGGACGAGGACGACAAAACCAGGUCCCCGAGAAGAAGGCAAACGCGGUCCAGCACACAUUUGCCAACGAUCUCCAGAACUUGCGCCAAUUGAUCAUCAAGCACAAGCCUCACGUCGUGGCCAUGGCUGCCGAAUCACGCGCCGCCCAGCAGUUGGGUAGUGAGCUGGAAACAGUGUUGGCCGAACUCCGGACGUCACACGGGUUCCCCGAGGUGACAGUGGAAUUUGUAGACAACUCCUUGGCCAAGAUUUACGGCAACUCGCUGCGUGGCGCCGAAGAGUUUCCCGAGUAUCCGAUGGUGUUGCGACAAGCUGUGAGCCUCGCUCGUCGCAUUCAAAAUCCGUUGCUGGAAUUUGCUCAGCUCUGCACGUUUGACGACGAGAUCCUGUGUGUGCCCUGGCAUUCGAUGCAGGACCAGGGGGGUCGUGAUGCCCUGCUUGCUGCCCUCCAGCACGAGUUCAUCACUCGCGUCAACAACGUCGGCGUGGACUUGAACGAGUGUGCGGCUAGUCCGUACGUUGCUCAGGUUUUGCAAUUUGUCUGUGGCCUGGGGCCCAGGAAGGCAGCUGCUGUGUUGAAGACGUUGCGACAAAAGACGAUCCGCAUGGAGAACCGCACGCAGCUCGUGACGCAGCUGCAUAUGGGUCCGAGGUUGUUUAUGAAUGUGGCUGGCUUCAUACGGAUUGAUACCAACAGCUUGGGGGACAGUGCGGAUAAUUACGUUGAGCUACUGGACAGUACUCGCGUUCACCCAGAAACGUACGAGUGGGCCCGAAAAAUGGCUAUUGACGCCCUCGAGUAUGAUGAAGUGGGGUACGAUGCCAAUCCCGGCGCAGCAUUGGAGGAGAUUCUCGAGUCACCUGAUCGACUCAAAGACCUGGAUCUGGAAGCGUUUGCCGUGGAGCUGGAACGCCAGGGAUACGGCAAUAAGAAGAUCACUUUGCCGGAUAUCCGCGUCGAGCUCACGAACCGAUACGCCGACCAUCGCGAAGAGUACAAGUCACCUGGCGAAGACGAGUUGUUUGCCUGGUUCACCAAGGAAACCCCGGACACCCUGCAUCCCGGACGACUGCAGCUGGGCCAUGUCGUGGGAAUUGCGCAUCGCAAGCACAAUGCUCGAGGCGAUGACUUGCAACAGCAGCAGCAACCGACACGUCUCGAUUCGGGGCUUUGGCGAUGUCAGUUUUGCCUCCGCAGCGAUUUUCCAGAGUUGUCGGAAGUGUGGACUCACUUGGAUUUGGGCCAGUGUCCGGGAAGAGCAGUUGGAGUGCGUUUGCGCCUGGAAAACGGUAUCCCUGGGUUUAUUCCCAUCAAGAACCUGAGUGAUUCCGAGGUUCUAAAUCCCAUGGACCGCGUUUAUGUUGGCAUGGUGAUACAGGUGGUGAUGCUUCAUGCAGCAGGAGGCUGUGAGGAAGUUGGAGGGAGGCUGGUGUGCAUUGAUGCAUGUGAUGUCAAGAAGCCAGGCCACUAUGACUUCACCAUUGACUUUCAAGGAUCCAAACUGGAUUUGUCUUGUGUGGCUUACAAGGGCCUAAAGAGAGUGAAGCUGUUCAAGAGGACUUUCUGCAGGGGCAGGUCAACUGGUAUGGAGGAUGUCAUCGACCCUUGGGACUUCUGCUUCUUCAAACAAGGGAAACAGAAUAACAGAAUUCCCAUUUUUUCAGAAAAACCAAAAACAGACAAAACAGCUAUGGAGGUUAUCAAGGAAGAGGCUCUUCAACAAAACUCUUUGGAUUCCCAACCUCCAUCCUUGGUUCCUGAAAUGAAGAUGGAAAUAUCAACUUCCACUGAGAAUCCUCUCCAGGGCAUCAGUGUAUACAGUGGCACUCAGUCUCCUACAGCUGCUACACCUGAACAGAGCCUGUCUUCACCGUUGGCGCCUUGGAUUUUAUCAAGGACUUCUGCGUCUCCCAGGGUCACAGGAACAGUUCUAUCGGCUGAUGUUCCGAACGUGACCUUUACGCCGUUCGUGACUUCUCCCCCACCAAUUGGAUCAACAAAAACAUUGCUGGGAGAUGAAAAUCCUCAGAUUGUUGAUGCAAUGGGUGGCUGGAUUCCAUUGGGACCCACCAUGGCACCUAUUCCAAAAACUACAGAGAUUGACAAUUUCUCCAAGGUCAUGAAUGACUUGGGUAAUAUCUCUAGAGUUAACAUCUCUGCCGAGUUUGCGGAUGGUACCAUUGUUCAUGCUGUGGUUCCUUCUUGGCUUUUACAAGCCUUCAUUUGGUUGGUUGGUGUCCUGGGCAUAACCUCACCACUUGCUUUCGGAACUUUCUGUUGCUGCCAAAGGUUUAAGGUUAAGAAGGAUGAAGAGUCGAAAGAAAAAGGCCAUAAACGUGUAAAAAGGGAAUCUCGGUCAUUUCCAAACCCUUCUUUCGAGGAGGAGAUUGAGAUGGCCGAAUUACCAUCACUAGCCACUAUUCAACCCUUAAUGGCUUCUUUCCGUCCGGCCAGAACAAUUGAGUGCAGCGGAGGUCUUUGCGCGUCUGGGCUGGCCUCUCCUGCGUGCUUGGAUGCUGAGGAGGCUGAAUUCUAG